AUGUUUUGGGCUAUCCUUGCUACCUCAGUGAUCGCUUCUACAGCGUUCGCCCCUCAUUACCUGUACCCAGGUAAUGCUCCAACUCCGGAUGAGGCUUCGCAAUACGAAGUGCCGAAUCGCCCAUUAACUUCUAUAGAAGAUAGUUUGGACGCUGGCGCCUACUUACACGCUCCACAAAUGGAUGUUGAGGUGAUAGAAGACGAAUGUGAAGCUUUGCCGAAUAGAACAAAAACUCGUCCAGCCUUCUAUCAGUGUUCUCAGGACACGGUUUUAACUUUACAUGGUGGCGCUAUCACGAAUUUGACUGGGGACGAUACUUAUCCUAUUUCCUUUGCUGAGCCUAUUCGAAUCUUCCUAGAUGUAACAAGCACGGCCAACAGAAGAUUUGACAAUAUUGCUGUUGAUGUGUCAUUAUACAAGCGUACUUCCAGCUGGUUUGGUUGUGGUUGGAUGUUUCUUCCUAGUUUUGGCCAACUUAGUAAUUCUGAUAUGUGCGAUGAUAACCCGUCCUGUCCUAUUUCGCCAGGAAGACAGGUCAUCGAGUUCGCUGUUGAUCCGACACGUUUGUUUACCAGAUUGUUCCGUAUAAUUCAUGAUGACAUGAUUGGAUACCAGCUCGUAAUACGAUUAGUCGAUAAUCGUCGUCCAUAUGAAGAUCUGCUGUGUGCAACUGCACAAAUGCGAAUUCGUCUAUGA